AUGGAAAUAUCACUCCUCUUAAAAUCCAUGAAACCAACAAGUAAACCGUUUAAAACUGACGAACAGAAAUCCCAGGAGAAGCCCUCCAUCACCAAGAUCAGGGAGUUCAGAGUACCAGACAAAGACAAGAAUGUCACCAAUAGAAUGACACAGGAUAACAUUAUCACUGAAUUUAUUAGAACAGAAGACUGGACACCAAUCAGCAUACACUCCUCCCACAUCAUUGGGGACUUACUGGUGGGGAUGGUGAAGGAAAACAUCAAUGGAGACAUCUGUGCCUCAGAGAGUUAUAUGGGUGCAGUAGUGGUUGUGAAAAAAUCAGGACAAUACAGAUUCUCCUACACAGGUCUGAAAUCAGCAUUAAUUCCCUUCGAUGUCUGUACUGAUAUCCUCGAUCACACAAUGGUUUGUGAUGCUUUAAGUCAGUCUGUUCACCUUCUUCAUGAGAACGGUCUGUUCUUGUCUCUGCUACUCACACAACAAGAGAACAUAGCUUUUCCUCGGAGUGUUUUAUUGAUGGUGAAAAUAAUCUUUAUGUUGGUGAAAGUGACAAUUUCACAGUGA